UGUGAUUAAGGAAAAAUAAAACAGAAAGACAAAAAACCUCUGAGAGAUGGGAAAUGAAACUAAAACCAAGGCCAAUUCUUCCUUUCUCCAAUCUUCUCUCUAUCAGGCACACCCUGCUGUUUCUUAGCCAGUUUGAGCUGGCAUUGAAGUAGAAGAUACAGAAGCUUUCUUUAAAGCUGGAAUCUUUUCCUCUAACAUCUCGGGAAGGAAAAAAUACAAACACCAGACAUUUUCUUCACUAAAAUGGAUUGUUGUCCUCUCCUUUAAUGUAGAAGAAAUUUUAAAUACCAUCUAGUUAUCAGAAUGGCAGAGCAACUAAAUCUUCCAGAAGAUACAGAUGAUUGGACAAAACAGGAUGUAAACCGAUGGUUAGAAAGUCAUAAGAUUGACCAAAAAUACAGGGAAAUCUUGCAUGCUGAGGAUGUGAAUGGAGUGAUCUUGAAGUGGUUAAAUACAAAACGUCUUGUUGAUCUGGGCAUAACACAGGAAACAGCUAUCCAAAUAGAAGAACUAUUCAAAAAUUUGCAACCAAUGUCCUCCAAAGAGUCUAUUCAAGCAUCUAAGAGGAAAAAAGGGAGCAAAAAUGUUACUCAAAAGCAAACUUUGAAGCAAAUGAAAAGUACAGAGACAUCCAAGCAAAAUCAAAGUGAUAUGGCUGAUGCCUCAAAUAGGAGUUCAGGGGAUGAAAGUUUGAAAUCCAUAAAAAAUGAGCUGACAGAAAAUGAAACAGAGCUACAGAGAAAGCAGCCAUCCCUAGAACCAACAUGUAUGCCAUACCCUUUUGAUGAAUUCAGUAAUCUAUAUCGUUACAAAUUACAUUUCACUCUACAGCCUGAAACAGGACCGCUCAAUCUCAUUGAUCCAGUACAUGAAUUCAAAGCACUCACAAAUACUGAGACAGCCACAGAAAUGGAUAUUAUGAUGAAAUUUAGCAAUGAGGUCUUCCGAUUUGCUUCAGCUUGUAUGAAUUCACGUACCAAUGGCACCAUUCAUUUUGGAGUCAAGGACAAACCCCAUGGAAAAAUUGUUGGUGUAAAAGUUACCAGUGACACCAAAGAAGCCCUAAUUAACCACUUCAAUCUUAUGAUACAUCAGUAUUUUGAAUCCCAUCAGGUCCAGCAAGCAAAGAAGUGCAUUCGAGAACCAAGAUUUGUGGAAGUUCUACUGCCAAAUGGUACUCUUUCUGACAGAUUUGUUAUUGAAGUGGAUGUCAUUCCACAAUAUUCUGAAUCUGGGCAAGAUUAUUUUCAGAUCAAAAUGCAAAACUACAGCAACAAUACAUGGGAACAAAGUUCAAAAUAUUCUGUCUUUGUGCGAGAUGGGCCCAACUGUAAAAACAUCUUUAAAAACAAAGCUGCUUUCCAAGCUUUUAAAUUAGAUUUAAAAACAAUGUCAGAGUCUAGGAAAGAAGCAGAAGAAAAAGCCAAACAAAAAACAGUUAGAAGCAAUAGUGAGGGUGCAAAGCUAGUUAAGCUGCUGACGGGAAAUCAAGAUUUGUUAGAUAAUUCAUACUAUUACUGGUACAUCCUUGUCAUAAACAAAUGCCAUCCAGAUCAAACCAAACACUUAGAUUUCCUAAAAGUAAUUAAAUGGUUUGCUGUGUUAGAAUUUGAUGAUAGAUCUGAGAGCGAUGGAGCAGUUAAAACUUUCAAAGAAAGCCGAGUAGCCAAUCUUCACUUUCCAAGUCUAUUUGUAGAAGAAAAAAGCACAUUAAAUGAGAAGAUUUCUACUCUGAACCUUUACAAGCAGCCCAGCUGGAUUUUCUGCAAUGGCAGAGUAGACCUUGGCAGUGGAAAAUAUCAAGCCUUAGAUCCAAGUUCCUGGCAAAGAGAAAGAGCUUCUGAAGUCAGGAAAAUGAUUUCAUUUCUUACACGUGAAGAUAUAAUGGAACGGGGCAAGUUUUUGGUGGUGUUUCUAUUACUUUCCUCUGUGGAUGACCCAAGAGACCCUCUCAUUGAAACUUUCUGUGCAUUCUACCAAGAUCUGAAAGGAAUGGAAAAUAUACUGUGUAUUUGUGUAAAUUCAGAUAUAUGUCGAGGAUGGAAAGACCUACUUGAAGCAAGAUUAACAAAACAGCAAGAUGAGCUAUCAAACCACUGUAUUUCUACUUUAAAUCUUGAAGAGAUAAAUGGUACUAUCCUUAAACUAAAAUCUGUAACUCAAACUUCAAAUCGAUUUUUGCCAUCCAUUGGUUCAUCUACUGUCCUUCUGCAAAAAGAAGAUAUCAUGACUGCCCUGGAAAUUCUUUGUGAGAAUGAGUGUGAAGGUACACUCUUGGAGGAAGACAAAAAUAAAUUCUUAGAAUUUAUGGCAUCAAAAGAGGAAGAUUUCUAUCGAGGUGGCAAAGUGUCCUGGUGGAACUUCUACUUUUCUUCCCAAAACUAUUCUUCACCUUUUGUCAAGCGGGACCAAUAUGAAAGACUUGAAGAAAUGAUUCAAAACUGUGCAGAUUCAUCUAAACCAACAUGUGCCAAAAUUAUUCAUCUUUAUCAUCACCCAGGCUGUGGGGGGACUACCCUUGCAAUGCACAUUCUCUGGGAGCUAAGGAAGAAAUUCAGAUGUGCUGUGCUAAAAGACAAGACAGUAGAUUUCUCAGAAAUUGGAGAACAAGUGACCAAUUUAAUCACCUAUGGAGCCACAAACCAUCAGGAAUACUUGCCUGUACUGCUCCUCGUUGAUGAUUUUGAAGAACAAGAUAAUGUCUAUCUUCUGCAGACCUCCAUUCAUACAGCUGUAGCUAACAAGUACAUUCGGUAUGAAAAACCUCUUGUAAUCAUCCUAAAUUGCACAAGAUCUCAAAAUCCUAAAGACAGUGCAAAAAUUUCAGAUAGUAUUGCCCUAACUCAACGACUAUCUUCCAAAGAACAGAGAGCUUUUGAACUUAAAUUGGAAGAAAUCAAAGAACAGCAUAAAAACUUUGAAGAUUUUUAUUCUUUCAUGAUCAUGAAAACCAACUUUGAUAAAGAGUACAUCAAAAAGGUGGUUAAGAAUAUCCUGAAAGGGCAGAAUAUUUCUACCAAGGAAGCAAAACUCUUUUCUUUUCUGGCUAUUCUGAAUUCUUACGUGCCCGAUACUACCAUUUCACUAUCCCAGUGUGAAGAUUACUUGGGAAUUGCAAACAAGAAGGCUUUCUGGGGACCAGAAAAAUUUGAAGAUAAGAUGGGCACUUAUUCUACAAUCCUGAUCAAAACUGAAGUGAUAAAAUGUGGACAGUAUUGGGGGGUCCGGAUCAGUCACCCACUGAUUGCAGAUCUCUCACUGGAAGAAUUGAAGAAAAGCUACAACUUGGAUAAAAGUCAAAUCAUCCUGGAUAUGCUAACCGAAAAUUUGUUCUAUGAUUCAGGUAUAGGAAAAAGCAAAUUUUUUGAAGAUAUGCAAACAUUGCUGCUCACAAGACAGCGUAAUGAACAUGUCGAAACAGAGAACUGGUUUUCCCCAUUCAUUGAAGCGUUACAUAAAGAUGAAGGAAACACGGCUGUUAAAACUGUGUUGCUUGAAGGAAUCCGUCGGUUCAACCCAAAUGCAUUCAUUUGCCAAGCCUUGGCAAGAUAUUUCUACAUUAAAGAAAAGGACUUUAGCAAUGCUCUACAUUGGGCAAAAGAAGCAAAAAAGAUACAACCUGAUAACUCAUAUAUCUCAGAUACACUGGGUCAAGUUUACAAAAGUAAAAUAAGAUGGUGGAUAGAUGAUAAUGGCAGAAACAGGAACAUUUCAGUUGAUGAGCUAACUGAUCUUUUGGAAUUAGCAGUGCUUGCCUCAAAUGCAUUCAAAGAAUCACAACAGCAAAGUGAAGAUAGAGAAUAUGAUGUGAAGGAAAGGUUGCAUCAGAAGUCAAAAAGGCGGUAUGAUACAUACAACAUAGCUGGUUAUCAAGGGGAGAUAGAAGUUGGGCUCUAUGCAAUCCAGAUUCUCCAGCUCAUUCCUUUUUUUGACAAUAAAAAUGAACUAUCUAAGCAAGAUAUGAUCAAUUUUGUAUCAGGAAACUGUGACAUUCCAGGGGAUCAAAAUGAAUUUAAAUUAGCCCUCAAGAACUUUAUUCCGUACCUAACUACUUUGCAAUCUUCUUUAAAAAAGUCUUUUGAUUUUUUUGAUGAUUAUUUUGUCCUUCUGAAACCCAGGAAUAACAUCAAGCAAAAUGAAGAAGCCAAAACUAGGAGGAAGGUUGCUGUCAAUUUCAAUAAGUAUCUAGAUAUAUUUGGUCCCUUAGUAGAAACACAAAACAAAGAUCUUGGAGCAAAGAUUAGUUUGCCACUUCAAGUAGAGAGGUAUCGAAGAAGUCUUGAAGCUUUAAAAGCUGAUAAGUUCUCUGGGCUCUUGGAACAUCUUAUCAAAAGUCAAGACGAGUCAGUAAGCAUCAUGGAAGACAUAGUGAACAAGUACAUGUUCCUUCUGGACCAAUGCACUACCAGACUGCAGCAAAAGGAGAAGCAAAAUUUCAUCUUAGCUAACAUCAUUCUCUCUUGUAUUAAACCUACCUCCAAAUUAGUAAAGCCAAUUAAAAAAUUGAAAGAACAGCUUAGAGAUGUCUUACAACCAAUAGGAAUGACUCAUCGAUUUCCGGAACCUUAUUUCCUAGCCUCCCUCUUAUUCUGGCCAGAAAACCAAAAGUUAGAUCAAGAUUCUAAACAAAUGGAAAAAUAUGCUCAAGCACUGCAAACUUCCUUCAGGGGGCGAUAUAAACACAUGUAUCGUACAAAGCAACCAAUUGCUUAUUUCUUUCUUGGAAAGGGCACCAAUAUGAACAGACUUGUCCACAAAGGAAAAAUUGAUCAAUGCUUUGGAAAGAAAGUUGAUAUUAAUUCCUUGUGGCAAAGUGGAGAUGUAUGGGAGGAUGAAAAAGUGCAAGAAUGUUUGCUUCGUUUACAGGGACGAGCUGAAAAUAACGUUUUAUACAUAGAAUAUGGAAUUGAUGAAAAAAUCACAAUACCCAUCAUACCCACUUUCUUAGGUCAACUUAGAAGUGGCAGAAGCAUAGAAAAAGUAUCCUUUUAUCUGGGGUUUUCUAUUGGAGGUCUACUUGCUUAUGAUAUUAAAAUUGUUUAAAUGUCUGAGUUCUUUCUUCCUCCAGGACUAUGUCCUGGAAUUAUCUUUUUAAAAAAUUUUACCAUGGGGGUGUGUGUAGAAGGCAGGAGAAAAAUGAGAG